CUUAACCAAGAAAAAAGUUCUUUCGUGGGUUCAAAUAAUUCGGUUUGCUUGCAGAAAUAAUCUUGUCCACAGCUCAUCAGAAACAAUACUGAAUAGAGUUACAAGCAGAGAACAAGAAUCAAAAGAAAUCAAGGCAAAAAUGAAGCUGUACGAGGAGCCCCCAGCGGUGAUCUCCAGCGACGCCCACCCUGCGCACAAGCUCAAGCUGCAGGUCACCACCGACGGCCCGCCGUUCCGGUGCGAUGGCUGCAAGGAGCCCGGCGGCGGAAAGGAGCGCCGGUACAGCUGCGACGCCGGCUGCGACUUCGACCUCCACACGACCUGCGCUCUGUCAUCGCCCACCCUGAAGCACCCCCUCUUCGGCGGCGACGUCGAGUUCGAGCUCCUCCCGUCGGCGCCGCCGCCCGUCGACGCCACCUACUGCGACGCCUGCGGCGACCGUGCGCGCGGCCUCGUCUACCACUGCUUCGACAGGGACCUGGACCUCCACCCGUGCUGCGCGGCACUGAGGAUGGAGAGCGUGGUCCAUGGCGGGCACCUGCUCAAGCUCUGCGGCGAGGCCGAACUCCGGUGCAUCGUCUGCGGCGAGAAGCAGGGGCGGCGGCAGAGCUCGUCGUCGAGCAAGAGGUUCUGGGCGUACCGGUGGUGCUAUGACGGCGUGACCGGGUACCUUCACGUGGCGUGCAUGAAGAAGAUCGCUGUGAUGAGCUGGGAGCAGGACUACAAGGACGGCGUCGGCGGCGGUGUCGUCGAGGCGAGCGUGACGAUCAUGGAGGGAAUGCUGCGGAGGCGAUCGCCGACAGGGAAUGCGGGGAGCGGUAGCGGGGUUGAGCUGGGCAUCCGUGGCCUCGAGAAUAUUACCAAGAUCGUUGAGGUGGUCUCGGCUGUGUCAUCAUCGUAGUGACAAUCGUGAGCCUCUUUCUUGGACAUGAUCCAUAGAGGAAACAAGGACGGACAUGGGAUGCUUGCUUGCAUUGUAUAAUGAUGUAUAGAGUAAUGGUUUUUACUGUAGGAUUGCUUGAUUUAAUGUUUUCAUAUUUCCUUCAGGUUUAUUGAUGUAUCUUUGUGUUGAUGCCUUUAUUUCGAAUCCGUUUCGCUUGUGAUAUA